AUGGCCAAGGAGUAUCAGUUCAACUGGCGAUGCAAACUACCUGACCAGUUGGUGGAGGGCGACGUGUUCGAUCGCUUCGACGACGAAAGCAACACUCUGGACUUGUCGUGUCAUGUAUAUUUUGAAGAGUGCGGGUUCUACAUUAUUUGGAACCCGAAAGGCAAAGAUGCCGGAGUACUCGAUCUCGUACAGGUCAGUAUCACAGCAGUACAGUUACUUUUAGCAUAUUUCUUAUCUUUCAGUAUUAUCUUUUGUAGGCUUAUAAUGAGUGUUUACUUGCAGGUUUGGGAAGCCAGAUCGUCAGGAACCAUUAAAGAUGCCAGGAUUUUGUAUGAUCUCGAACAACGAGGGGCCAAGGAGCCGAUCGAAGAGCGCACGGUGUGGAUCACGUACGGCCAAGACCUCGUCAAUGUUAACAGUCUCUUCCUCAUCGCCAAAACAGCACAAAUCGCACGAGAAUGGCGAUACCUAAUUAACGAACUCAUCAGAAAUUACAAGUUCCGGCACUGCAACCCCAUGAUCUCAUUACAAAAACAGUAAGCUUACUAUUUUACUAGUGUAAUAUUGUAAACACUACAUUUCUAUAAUUAUGUAUUGUAGGCAUUAUUUGUAGUUUUCGGUUGUGUAUAACAUGACAACGACAUUUCUAAAAAUAAGUCGUAAACAGAUACACUGACAGUAUACUACAAUAGCUUUACAAUUGUAACUUCAGCUGGAAACUCUUAACCUUAUCGACCAAUGAACGUGGUAAGAUUCCGUUGCGUAGCAUCAUAAAGACCUUCGCCAGCGGGAAGCCAGAACGAAUGGUACACAAAUGUCUGACAGAUCUAGGCCUGGCUGGGGACAAGGUAAGUUGAUAUGGCGACUGGCGGUGUUGUGACUGUAGUGGUGUUGUAUCGUGAUUGUUGUUUUAGUUCAUGGUUACUGGUCGUGUGAUGCGUGGUCGUUGGUCUCGUAGUUUUCGGGCCAUAUACAGUUGUGGUACAGCCCGAAAACACAAGCAUAAGGUAUCGUUCUUUUGUGGUAGUGACGUUGUUGACAUUGCCGUAUGGACAUUAUACAUUAUUUACAGGAGAGGGAAGAGCUAGACGUGGCUCUGUUUACCUUCGAGAAGUUCCUCAGGUUGUAUCACAAGAUCUGUCCGCGGACCGAGGUGCAGGAGCUAUUUGUUAAAUUGUAAGCACCUUUGAAUUAUUUAUAUUCUUCUAAUUAUAUAUUACAAGCAGCGUCUCACUGACUGUUCCAGGUCCGGCCAGAAGGAAUACUUAACGCGUGACAAGCUGAUCAACUUCUUGAACGAAGAACAACGAGAUCCUCGCCUGAAUGAGAUCUUGUUCCCCCACUUUGACCAUGAUCGAGUACAACAGCUGAUCACCAAGUACGAGACCGACGACAGCUACAUUAAUCAAGGGAAGAUGUCUGGAGACGGCUUCUUGAGGUUUCUGAUGAACGAUGAAAACUCCCCAGUGUUUCUUGACCGGACUGAGCUGUACCAGGACAUGGACCAGCCUUUGUGCCAUUACUACAUCAACAGGUAAUAUUGUAGCUUAUCUUGAGGUUAUGUUAACCUUAUCAUAAAAGUUUUAUGAAUCUAAUUACGAAUUCAUUUAGUUCCCACAACACAUACUUAUCAGGACGCCAGUACGGUGGAAAGAGUUCUACCGAAAUUUACCGCCAAGUACUACUGUCAGGGUGUCGUUGUAUAGAGUUGGACUGUUGGGACGGUAACGGCGAGAACAAGGGUGAACCUAUCAUUACUCACGGUAUGGCCAUGUGCACGGACGUCUUCUUCAAGGUAACCAAUAUACACAUUACAAAUGAAUGGGUUUAGGAUGUUUUGUACCAAAUCAGAGACACGGCGUUCGCACGGACAGAUUUCCCUGUGAUUCUGUCGUUCGAAAAUCACUGUUGUCGCUCAAAUCAGCUCAAAAUGGCGAAGUACUGUAUGGAGAUAUUCGGAGAUAUGUUGUUGUCGCAGCCGUUAGAAGAUUUCCCGGUAGGUUUGCUGAUUAUUUCAUGGACGAAGUCUCACUGUCAUCGUCUUUCAUUUUAAUUUAAAUUUGCAGCUAGAACCAGGGGUACCACUUCCUUCCCCAAACAGGCUGAGGCGAAAGAUCUUGAUCAAGAACAAGAGACUAAAAGCUGACAUCGAGAAGCACCAGAUGGAGCAGUUCUUACGCGAAGGAAAGCUGGACGAAGAAGACGAGGUCAGCGAGACUCCCGAGGUCGUCGGUCUGGGCGAAGAGACGGCUUCGUCACGUAAGUUAGCUACUCGGGAGACAAGUGACACCGCUUGAUGGCUUUUGUAUAAGUCUAGGAGCACAAUCGGGCCACAUAUCAUUUAUCUGGGUUCUGCACUCUCCCCCCUUAAUCUUGGUGUCCCGGUUGCCCCCCUUUUAAGUUUUGUCCUAACGUUCCCUUCACCUUAUUAUAUAGAAAUGGAAGAAUGCGAGAUGACUGACGACGAGCACGACCGCGAAUCCUCCAACGCCUCACCAGCACCUCGCCUCGCCAACACCUCUCAUGAAGGUCAAUUAACAACUCAAAGCUCUAUUAAUCACCCGAUUAGUUGUGGCCGAUUGACUCCGAGUGCCUCAAGGACCUUCGCCUCUAUUAGCGGUCCUUGUGGCUCGAGGCAGUCGUCGCCUCGCAACUCGAUCGACUCGAAGUCGCUGUUGCUUGCUGCGUUUGGUGGUGAUGCUCGCAAAUAUAGGGGAAGCCAAAAACAGUCCAGUGCUUCUGACGUCGUCAUCGACCGCUCCAACUCCAGUCGGUCGAUUGGGGGACGUUCCCCUCGAUUCCCGUUUAGACACAUGACGUCGAGUAUGAAGUCAUCGUCCACCAGCUCGCCCCCCACCGGCGGACGCAACGGCUAUGGCUCCGGCUCUGGGAGUGGAUGCUUGCCCAGUACUCCGACAGGAACAGGUGUGACGGUGAUUAAAAGAGUACUACCAGAAGCUUCUGAUGCGGGCUGGCAACAGACCGUGUUGAGACUUCUGGAGCUCUUUGGUUGUUGUGCUGGUAGUUGUCAUUGUUGUUGGUCCUCUUUUUGUUGAUGCACUAUUCCGGUGAUUGACUCUUUCCAUUUUUGUUUUCUAUAGUGAUGUGCACCCGGUAUUUUCAGCUUCUGAUCAGCGUGCUCAUCCUGAACACGAACACUUGACCCCCGUGCAGGAAAACGUCCGGCCGCAAAUCGGUUUGUUUUCUUAUUUCUUGGUUAUUAAUCCUUCGUUCUCAACCAUUUCCCUUCCACAGCACCUUACAGUUACUAAAACUAGAUGGGAUUAACAUUUCGAGUAUACUAAUAUUGAUUUGACACAUCUUCCAAUCAUAAUCAUUUGUUUUAGGUGAUCUGAAGAUUCCGGAUGAAGCUCAUCCUGAAUUGAAGCAGACUAACUUUAUAUCCAAGCUGAAGCCUCUGGGAUUCGCCAAAAAACAGCAGGUUGGUUUGCCAUACUAAGUGGGCAUUACUGAGUACUAGGUUACAUUAACAAUAUGUUUGCACUUCUUCAAACUUUCUUUUGUUUUGUUGAGUUUCAAAUCGAAUAAUAUUUCAGUUUUAAACCACAUUAAGCAUCUCUUUGAUGAGCACUUCUCAUUUCCGUUUAAUUUUCGUUCGAACCAAAAACUUUUAAUUUGAAAAAGUAACUUGUACUGAUUACGGUAACGGGUUAAGCAAUAUGUACAUGCCUUUUAAACUAAGCUUUCUUCCUUAUUCGUCAGCAAACCCCUCCGCAGUGGGAUCAGCAGAUGUACCUGGAGGUGAAGGAGGCCCAAAGCAGCGGCAAGAUUAGUAACAUUCUGCAGCUUGGCCGUGACAAGCGAUCGUUCCGCCGUCCGUCCGCCGAGCCAGCCGACCACUCCAUCUCAGCCGCUCUCCUCGACGCCGCUCCAAAACGGUCCUCGUCGCAUCGAGCGUCCAAGUCCAAAAAGGCAUUUGUUUUACUUUUUUGGUUGCUUAGUCCUGUUUUGCACUGGUAUUCUCGUCUGUGAUCGUGUCCGCUACUUUUCCUGGUGUGCUUUUCGUUGCGGCCGCGUUAGCCAGUCAAUGAAAUUAUGUUUUUAGCCAAUUUUAACGAAAGAGGAAGAGGAACGCAUCUUUGCCGAGUAUAAUUAUACUGGAGCCACCACAACCAUUCACCCAUUGUUGUCUACACUUGUUAAUUACACACAUCCAGUUAAAUUCUCGGGCUUUGAUGUUGCUGAAGGUAGGAUUUACAUCAUCCUACGAACAUUUACUAAAUAAUUAGUAGUAAACUUCAAAAAUCAUUAUAAAACGUAUCGCUUUCAGCCAACGAUCUUCAUUUUCACAUGUCAUCAUUCUCCGAAAGUACGGGUCUGGGGUACCUAAAGCAGUCGGCUCCCGAGUUCGUCAACUACAACAAACGACAACUCUCUCGGAUAUACCCGAAAGGAGCUCGGGUGGAUUCCUCCAACUUCCUCCCACAGAUCUUCUGGAACACCGGCUGCCAAAUGGUGUCGCUCAACUUCCAGACGCCAGAUGUGUGUAUGCAACUGAAUCAGGGAAAAUUUGAUUACAAUGGUCAAACCGGAUACCUCUUGAAGCCUGACUUUAUGCGGCGACCUGACCGAACGUUCGACCCGUUCUCAGAGUCGCCAGUAGAUGGUGUUAUUGCUGCUCACUGUUCAGUACGGGUAAGUUUUAACUAAUUUUGAAAAAUCCUAUUUAAAAAAGUCAAAAAAUUCGAAACUCUAACCUUUUUGGCAAACAGCAGUUAUCAAUUAAACAUUUCAGGUAAUUUCUGGUCAGUUUUUGUGUGAAAGGAAAGCAGGCACCUAUGUUGAGGUAGAAAUGUACGGUCUACCAACUGACACGAUAAGAAAAGAACACAGGACCAAAACGGUACCGGCCAACGGUCUCAACCCUAUUUACAAUGAAGAUCCGUUCGUGUUUAGAAAGGUAGUACUACCUGAACUGGCCGUACUACGAUUUGCUGUUUACGACGAAAGCGGUAAACAAAUCGGUCAACGUAUUUUACCGUUGGACGGUCUCCAGUCGGGUUAUCGCCACAUCUCGCUCAGAACAGAGUCCAACAUGCCUAUGACACUGUCCACAUUGUUUGUCCAUCUCGUGCUGAAAACAUACGUACCUGAUGAGUUGAGUGGCCUAGUCGAUGCUUUGGCUGAUCCUCGCGCUUACUUAUCUGCUCAAGAGAAGCGAAAGGAAGCCCUGCACAACAUGGGGGUUGAUGACAAUGACAUCGUCGAGGUGGCUCCUUCUUCCACCACCAAUGCGGCCAGCAAAAAAGAUUCCAACAAAGCAAACAAACCAGAUGCUAAACAGAAAGCGAACGGCGCUUCCACGCCUCAACAACAAUCGCAAGAAAUCCGACCAUCGACGGCGGUUUCGUCGCCUGUGGUCGGGUCGAACGGUAAUCAGACGGCGCGGGUGGCUACGGAAGCCAGUUCUGAUAAUAGAUACAAGGUAAGCGACACGAUAACAUACAUUUGUAAAUAACACAUAAACAAAAAACCUCUAGACAUACUCUGGCGGUCGAAGGGGAUCGAAUGAGUUGACCGUACACAUGGGGACUGGUCACUUGAGACCACCUAGUCCCAUUCCAGGCAGUCCACGGCUAGAUGGAGCCAGACGCCGGUUCUCACGGGCGUGUAGCCUUUUCCGUUCCACCGAGGUUAGCUACAAAAGUGUCCCGUUUUAAAGAUUCACCCCGUUUUACACCGGUUACCCUGUCUUAAACACAAUAUUGUUACAGCAAACACAUACCUACUACAAUAUUCUCAAAGUUGUUAAUAUUGGCUUUCAUUGAUGAGAAUAACCAUAAAUUAACAAGUCAAAUGGUCUAUAUCCUAUCCCUAUAAAACAUUAUUUCAGUCCGAACCCAUCAACUUGAGCGACUUGAAAAAGAGAAGAGCUUUGUAA